AUGCCCCGCUCCUUCCUGGUAAAGAAGAUCAAAGGGGACGGCUUCCAGUGCAGCGGGGUGCCGGCCCCCACCUACCACCCCUUGGAGACUGCCUACGUGCUGCCUGGCGCCCGGGGGCCGCCCGGGGACAACGGUUACGUCCCGCACUGCCUGCCCCCCAGCAGCUACGAUGUGGACCAGAAGCCGGGCCUGGAGCUGGCGCCGGCCGAGCCCGCGUACCCGCCGGCGGCGCCGGAGGAGUACAGCGACCCCGAGAGCCCGCAAUCUAGCCUGUCGGCGCGCUACUUCCGCGGGGAGGCGGCGGUGACCGACAGCUACUCCAUGGACGCCUUCUUCAUCUCGGACGGGCGCUCGCGCCGGCGGCGCGGCGGGGGCGGCGGGGACGCGGGAGGCGCGGGGGACGCCGGGAGCGGCGGGGGGCGCGCGGGGCGCGCGGGGGCGCCGGCGGGCGGCGGGCACCGGCACGCGUGCGCCGAGUGCGGCAAGACGUACGCCACGUCGUCGAACCUGAGCCGCCACAAGCAGACGCACCGCAGCCUGGACAGCCAGCUGGCCCGCAAGUGCCCGACGUGCGGCAAGGCGUACGUGUCCAUGCCCGCGCUGGCCAUGCACGUGCUCACGCACAACCUGCGCCACAAGUGCGGCGUGUGCGGCAAGGCCUUCUCGCGGCCCUGGCUGCUGCAGGGCCACAUGCGCUCGCACACGGGCGAGAAGCCGUUCGGCUGCGCGCACUGCGGCAAGGCCUUCGCCGACCGCUCUAACCUGCGCGCGCACAUGCAGACGCACUCGGCCUUCAAGCACUACCGCUGCCGCCAGUGCGACAAGAGCUUCGCGCUCAAGUCCUACCUCCACAAGCACUGCGAGGCCGCCUGCGUCAAGGGGGCCGAGCCACCCCCGCCGCCCCCCGUCGGCCCCGCCAGCUGA